GCUGCUUUGCUUGUAAUUCUUUUUUCCGCAUUAGUUCUCUAAAUUAUUUUUUUCCCCCUUUUCUGUUUGUUUCUCGACAGAGAGAUUUUCCUUCCAACUAGGGAGAAAAACACUUCCUGCCUCUUCUAUCCAUUUUUUGAAGUCCAUUCAGUGUAUUCUUCUACGAAAAGUUUCAAAAUCUGAUUUCUUUUGUUUUUGUUUUUGCUUCCGAUGCUUUGACGGAUUCGUUGUUUUCCUUUCUGAGAUAGUUUUCUUCUCGGUUCUAAAAAGCCGCUACAUUCAUUCUGCUCUCCAUUUCUGUUUUUUUUUUUUUUUCUAAUUUUUCGUGGUUUUCUGUAUAAUUUGGAGGAUAAAUAAUUAAAUUCGAUUUUUCAUUAGUUAAAUUUUGUUGCGGCAAAUUUUUGCUAUAAAAAUCUCUGACCUUUGUUUCCCGAAAGUUUAGGCGUCGGUGAAGUUCUUCUCACUUCUCAGCUUCAUUUAUUUCGUUUAAGGUUAGAUUUUAAAGCUUUAAAUAUUUUCUAAAUUAUUUUAAGUAGCAGCAAUAAUUAAAGUAGCAGAAAUGAAGGGCAGAAUAUAAAUUAUUUUAAAAGGAAAUUGGUAUUCAACAUACUUUAAAAAGAAAAUUUUGCUUUACUGCUUUCACGAAUUUUAGUGCUUAUUAUUUUUAUUUUGUGGGAUUAAGAAGAAGGGAAAUUUUGGUAUUUCGUUUACUUUUGUGUUUUGAGAUUCUUGGUUGGAAUUAAGACCGUACAUGAAGAAGAGGAGGCUAAGAUUGUUUGAAUUAAGAGUCUUUUUGGGGCUUUUAUUUUAUUUUUUGUGAUUUGGGUUUGCAAAACCCGCCAAAAGGAUGGUUUCUGAUAAAAGUCUGGUAUUUUAGUUGCUUUUAUGUUGGUCCAUUUUAAUUGAGCCUUUCUUUAAUGAGAAUCUUCUUUUCUUGCUUUGUGCUUUUCUGUCUAUCUCAUCUUUUUCUCUUUUCUUACUUUGUUAUUAAGUAUUGUCAGUUUCGAGUUUUUAAAAUGUAAGCUGUUUUUGCUUUGAUUUUGCAGUUGGCGCAUAUGCGGAUGAUCUGUAAUCGCCAUUUUAGCGAAUCAUAAUCGUAAUUUAUGCCAUCAUUUUAUAGGAUAAGUUAAUUCUUUUGGGAGGUUUUGAGAGUGGUGAGAGUAAAUGUCGUUCCGAAGUAUAGUUAAUGAUGUGAGGGAUGCUUUGGGGAGCUUAUCUAGGCGUAGUUUUGAGGUGAGGUUGCCUGGUCAUCAUAGGGGAAAAUCUCAUGGUUCAGUGCUGGAGUUGCAUGAUCCGCCUGUGGUUAUCCAGAAUAGCCGCUGGGCAAGCCUUCCGCCUGAGCUGUUGCGUGAUGUGAUCAAGAGAUUGGAAGUGAGCGAGAGUAUGUGGCCUGCUCGCAAGCAUGUUGUGGCUUGUGCUGCAGUAUGCAGGUCAUGGAGGGAAAUGUGCAAAGAAAUUGUUAGGUGUCCUGAGUUCUCUGGAAAAAUCACCUUUCCAGUUUCUCUGAAGCAGCCUGGACCGAGGGAUGGAACCAUUCAAUGCUUCAUUAAGAGAGACAAAUCUAAUUUAACUUAUCACCUUUUCCUUUGCCUUAGUACUGCUUUGCUUGUUGAAAAUGGGAAGUUUCUUCUUUCCGCAAAACGGACUCGUAGAACUACUCGCACAGAGUAUGUAAUCUCUAUGGAUGCAGAUAACAUAUCGAGAUCUAGCAGCAAAUACAUUGGAAAACUUAGGUCAAAUUUUCUUGGUACUAAAUUCGUAAUUUAUGACACGCAACCUCCAUACAACAACGCUCAGCUUUCACCACCUGGCCGAAGCCGAAGGUUCUAUUCAAAAAAAGUCUCUCCAAAGGUUCCUACAGGUAGCUACAACAUUGCUCAGGUCUCAUAUGAGCUGAAUGUGCUAGGUACUAGGGGGCCUCGUAGGAUGCAUUGCACUAUGCAUUCAAUUCCUGCCUCAGCCGUCGAGCCAGGUGGCAUUGUCCCAGGCCAGCCAGAGCUUCUGCCUCGAUCCCUUGAAGACUCAUUUCGGAGCAUCUCUUUCUCAAAGUCAAUUGACAAUUCGUCUGAGUUUAGCAGUGCCAGAUUCUCGGAUAUUGUUGGUACCCACGACGAAGAGGAUGAAGGAAAGGAGAGAGCAUUGGUUCUCCGGAACAAACCACCUCGAUGGCAUGAGCAGUUACAAUGUUGGUGCCUGAACUUUCGAGGACGGGUUACUGUUGCUUCUGUGAAGAAUUUUCAGCUGAUUGCAGCAAACCAGCCAGCAGCCGGUGCCCCAACACCAUCACAGCCAACCCAAUCUGACCAUGAUAAGAUUAUUCUCCAGUUUGGUAAAGUUGGUAAGGACAUGUUUACCAUGGAUUACAGAUAUCCACUGUCUGCAUUUCAGGCUUUUGCCAUCUGCCUGAGCAGCUUUGACACCAAAUUGGCAUGUGAAUAGAUGAAAAAGUGACAUGUUAAGCAAAUAGAACAUAUAGCUGGGUAUUGGGUCUCUUUACUUUCUAGCAUUUAUAGGACGGGUGGUUGCAUGCAGUCUAUGUACAACUCAUGCAGAGACUGGCAAGCACAGAAAAACAUCUGUGCACCUUCAGGAGGAGUCUUCCUUUUCAUUUCUCUUCCUCUGCCUUUUUUUUCCUAUUUUUCUCCUGUAAGGUAGAUUGCUUUAAAUGGUUUCAUUGUCUGUCUUCUGUUGUUCAAUCUUUGAUGUACUAAUCAUGUCAUCUGAAAAUAACAGUCGAGACUUGGAAAUUUACUAUGUUCAAGCAUCAUGUUGUUGAAGAUUUCCUUCUCUUUGGGGGCUCGAUUUUUUUUUUUUUCACUUUCCUUACCAUUGUGAACAUGCCAACAGGGAUCUAAACAGGUAUAGUUUCUCUCAUAAUAAAUGAUUUUAGGUUGCUUGCCGGAUUCAGCUUGUGGUUAGAGUUCAUGUCUUGGCCAGAAGGGCCUUUUGUCCCCCAAAAUUCAAUGUAUUGUUGUCCAACUCUUCUUUGUCUGACCUUUUUAACUAAAACCCGCUGGCUGCAACAGUCCAUUACGGAAUUUUAUUUAGAAUGCUAGAUAUUCCUUCUGACAAAAUAACCAAUGCCUCAAACUUCCUCUGACAUGUCGACCCAAUUUCACUACGAGCUGUCGCUAAGGCUAAAACACUUGCUUGAUAUGGGUUUUCCAUGAGCUUAUCUACCCAAGCUUCCUGCCGCUGUUAUCCCUUGUUUUACAGCCAGAUAAUUGUAUUGAUU